UUUCCUCUUCUUCGAUCCUAUCCUCACCGUCAUCGCCAAAGCUCACUCUCUCAGUCUCACUUUCCCAAAUCUCUCUUCGUUUCGAUCGAUUUCUUUCUUCCGAUCGGUAGCUAUGGCGUCUAAAGAACCAAUUCGCGUCCUCGUUACUGGAGCUGCAGGACAAAUCGGAUAUGCUCUUGUUCCUAUGAUUGCUAGGGGAGUUAUGCUUGGGGCUGACCAGCCUGUGAUUCUCCACAUGCUUGAUAUCCCACCUGCCGCUGAGGCUUUGAACGGUGUGAAGAUGGAAUUGGUAGAUGCUGCCUUCCCUCUGCUUAAAGGUGUUGUUGCCACAACUGAUGUUGUCGAGGGGUGCACUGGCGUGAACGUUGCUGUCAUGGUUGGUGGUUUCCCCAGGAAGGAAGGUAUGGAAAGAAAAGAUGUGAUGUCAAAGAAUGUCUCAAUUUACAAGGCCCAAGCCUCAGCUCUUGAGAAGCACGCUGCUGCCAACUGCAAGGUUUUGGUUGUAGCUAACCCUGCAAACACCAAUGCAUUGAUUUUGAAGGAAUUUGCACCAUCAAUUCCCGAGAAAAACAUCUCUUGUUUGACAAGACUGGACCACAACAGGGCAUUGGGCCAGAUUUCAGAGAGAUUGAAUGUUCAAGUUAGUGAUGUUAAAAAUGUCAUCAUCUGGGGUAAUCACUCGUCAACUCAGUAUCCUGAUGUCAACCAUGCAACUGUCAAAACACCCGCUGGGGAGAAGCCUGUCCGUGAGCUUGUUGCUGAUGAUGCAUGGUUGAACGGAGAAUUCAUCACCACUGUUCAACAGCGUGGUGCUGCAAUCAUCAAAGCUCGUAAGCUGUCAAGUGCUUUGUCUGCUGCGAGCUCUGCUUGUGACCACAUCCGUGACUGGGUUCUUGGAACUCCUGAGGGAACUUGGGUUUCCAUGGGUGUAUACUCCGAUGGCUCAUACAAUGUUCCAGCUGGUCUUAUUUAUUCUUUCCCAGUCACUUGCCGCAAUGGAGAAUGGACAAUUGUUCAAGGACUUGCGAUUGACGAGUACUCGAGGAAGAAGUUGGACUUGACAGCAGAGGAGCUGUCUGAGGAGAAGGCAUUGGCUUACUCUUGCCUUUCGUAAAUGCUCUCUAUCUAUACACACACUCUUCUUCGGUGAGUAGUGUGUCUAUGGAAGUAGCUAAAGUUUUGAAUAAUGGCCAUUGUUAAAGAUUCAGUAGAGAACCAUAUUAAUGAUGGAGAGGCUGCCUCUAUGGUUUUACUUUUUUAGUCAAAAACCAAUCAAUUUAUUAUGCGAAGAAAUUUGAAUCUUUGUUAUUACAACUUCAACAUGUGCUUAGACAAUUAUCAAUUUGAUCCAUAAUAUGCAUGUUGUUAUUCCAUUAA